UCUGGGCACGAAUUGCCGUCUCAUCUCUUUGGAUUUUGGAAGCUUCACUGAAUACUCUGAAAGCCCUCCUUCUGCUUUCAGAAGCCUAAUGGUGGACGAUACUGAAACCUUAGCUUCAGCUGAUCCUGCAUUUGGGAAGCUUCCAGAUCAUCUCCUUAUUGAAAUCUUCAUUCGUGUUCCCAUCUCAGAGUGGGCUCAGAUAUCCUGUGUUAAGAAGCAGUGGGCCAAUAUAUUUCAAGAAGAAUGUUUAUGGCAAACUGCUCUUGUUAAGACGUGGCCCUUUGCUGUUCAGGGGAAACGGUGGCCUGGUCCUAUUCCUCGAGGCUUGAGUAGAAGGAGAUAUGCCGCUUUAUAUGUUGGUAAGAACAUCUUACAAUUUGAUGAUGAGAUUGAUGAGAUUUCGGGACAUUCUUAUUUGUUUCUGAAAGAGCAGCUUGAGCUUUCAACUGUGCCUCUUCCUGGGAUACUUCAUGGAACCAUAAUUGGUUUGGGUUCAAACCUUUUCUACAUCCUUUGCUUUCGAUAUGCAUAUUUGUUUCCUUAUGAGUUUUAUCCCCUAAAUGUGACCUUAGUAUUAGAGAGUAGUAGCAUUCUUUUAGGCUGUUGUUUCUGA